AUGGCUAGCGUGGCAUCUUUUCACGAGCACCCGAGCGACCGCCGCCUCCUUGAACAACAGCAAAGGGUUGAUGAGAUUCUCCAUGAGCAGCCAUCCACCCAUCAGAGACCAUCCUCACUGUUUGAUCAACUGCCUCCCGAAAUCCUCCAUUACAUCCUUUCCCACCUUUCCGCUCGAGACCUCACCUCCGUCUUUGCGACAUGUCGUAUCCUUGCCGCACACGGUACCAACGAUCUCUUGUGGGCUGAGCUUGUGAAUUCACAUCUUCCAUUUCGCAUAAAUGAUCCAGGACCUUUCAGCUCCUUCCGCCGGCUCUACUUUGCCCACCAGCCUUGUUGGUUCAUUCCACAGUACAAGAUCUGGUUUGCAGACGUCGAGCACACGGGCAGACUGAUCCUAGCCCGGUAUGACAACCGUCGGGGUGUGAUCGAAGGGUAUCGGAUCAUCGCUGAGCGAGGGGCUCGCCAAUUUCAUGUCUGGGAAUCCAACCCGGAUGUCAUUAUUCAGUCGUUCAACCCCACAGUCCGCUUGUGGUUGGAUGACCCUGUUCUUAUGCUGAAGGACCCAAAUCCAUCUUCUCCGACAGCAUCCUGCCAGCCUCUGUGGGUUGAAAGGCGGAUGCCCAUGGCUUCGGAGUCUCAGCAUGUCUUCAACUCACUCUCUCUUUGUUCCCCCGAGUCUCCCCAAGGGCGUGCCCUGAGCGACGAUCAACUCUGGCCACCACCAACUGUCAUCAGCGACCAUCGUGUAUGCAGGGAUACAGGAACCCCAAAUGUGCAACCACCUAGGGAUUCGUCUCAACUGUCUGAAUUAACCUUUCGCGUUCGGCGAUGGGCCAGUUUUCGACUUGCCCUCUCACCAAACCCCAAUGAAGCGCAGCUAACCUAUGCUACCCUUGAUCCGAGUCUGUACACUCCCACCAAAGACAAGCCCUACCAGGGCAUUUGGAUUGGGGACUAUUCGGCACACGGUUGUGAAUUCUUGCUGUUCUGCCAGCGAGAUCUUCCUCUACCCUCUGCUUCAAGAAAUCCAUCUCCCGGUUCACAAGAUGAAGACGAAAACGAAUACACCAAUACGAAGGAUAGCCACAUGCGGCGAAUCGGAUUAGCAGCGGUGAAGCUUACGGGCGAUCCUAACGUUCCUCGUGGUGAAUUAUCAUUUAUUGCCGACGACAUUGGGCCGAAUGGGCUCAUCCGCGUGUCGGACGAGGAGCCCUAUCGAGGCUCCCCGAUCGUACGUUGCUUGGGACAUGUCGCUGGCUUGGGAUUCCGCGACCAUACGUUCAUCAGUUCCCAACUCAUUUUGAUCUCUCCAGAUUACGUUGCCCAUUACUGGGAGGAGAUGGGCCACAUUUCCUAUUUCCGGCGUGUGGAUAUUGACUCUCUGCUCCAGACCUGA